AUGCUCAUAUCCUCGCGACCAUCAACAUUCCGUUUUUUCACAUCCUUGUUUCUAAAAAUAAUACCAACCAUUCUCUUUACUCCCACCCGAGUUCUCUCUACUCUCACUAUAUAUUCCGAAUCCCAAGCCGUACUCGGAUCAUUUUCAAAUGUAGACUUUGUGCUUGCAAACUCAAUUGACUAUGGAACAAUUAAAGGUCGAAUAGAGAUUGUAUCGUUCGCUAAUAGUACGACAGAAAACCCCUGUCGGAUAGAUCCAUUACAAGAUAAUAUAGACAUACUGGUCGUGCCAUUCGAACUAGCCUUUAGCCAAGGAUGUAGAAGCUACGCUGAUAUCUUAAAGGAUAAUGGAUGGUAUAAAGACCCCGAUAAAAAUCCCGCGGCUGGUGACGAAAAUGACGUGCCAACGCUAGCAGAAUUAGUCACCACCCAGACUACGUACGAGACAGUAACCGGUCCUGAUGGGCAAGUAUCUGUUAGUACUAAGGUAUCUGUCGAGACGAUUACCGUUGCUUCUACGCCUGGAUCAAUGCCCACCACAAUUACUACAGCUGCACAGCCUGCUUCAGCUUCACAACCGGCACAACCUACACCAGCUGGAAACCCUACUCCAACAGCAGCGGGUGUAGUACCCACCGCCCUCGUUUCAUCAAUAGUAAAUACAGCUACAGGAGUGGUUGGAGGAGUGGUUGGAGGAGUGAAUACUGUUGUUGGUGGAGUGGUUGGAGGAGUGAAUACUGUUGUUGGUGGAGUGAAUACUGUUGUUGGAGGAGUGAAUACUGUUGUUGGAGGAGUAGUUACUGGGGUUGGCAUACCGACUACGAUAAAUGGCUUGACAACGCUUUUACCGAUUCCUUCCUUAAGCUCAAGCCUAUCUGUAGGAUUGCCAAUAAUACGCCCUCGAAAUCGAAAUCGAAAACGCGACAUAAAUAAUAUGGCGCAAAAGAUUCUCGUAAUAACUUCUGGUAAUGGAGGCGUACCUGGACUGGACGAAAUUUAUGCCGGAGACAGAAAAAUUCUCGCUAAUUCUAUUCCAUCGAUUAGUCUUGUCAGUCAAGACGAUAUGAGUGGAAUCAGAGGAUUGGGAAGUAUUAUAUAUACGGGUGAGAUUACUUCAGAUCAUGGCCCAUGGAUUACUCUUGUUCAGAGUGCUGCAUGGAUAGUGUGGUCACUGGUUAUGGGUAUUGCAUAUUUUGCCAUCACCACAAUGUGUCUGUAUUGUCUGGUAAAGACUUAUAGUCGAAUAGGCUAUGUGAUAACAAAUGCAAAGUAUUGGAUUUAUCCCGGCAUCAUGCUUGUUUGUAUUGCCUCGGCGAUAAUCCUUGAAGUGAGUCCCGGUAGCAUUCAUGAAGCCCGCAUACCUUUGAUUGGUUAUGCUUUCAUAAUCUGCUUUAAAAAUUUAAUGUUGAUAAUAAUAUUCACUGCUGUCGAAAUGGUAUGGAAAAAAGCCGCCGAAAUCAUGUGUCAAAAACACAAUCACCACACAUUGCUCUCUCGUAGAUUAUCUCUAGUAUACACCUAUCUACUCCGCUUAUGCGUUUUCUGUUUUACAAUGGCAUUCGUUGUACGCAUGGUCUCUUAUUCUCACGUGAAUCUUCCAUGGGUGAUGACAGCGUUGAAGGUGGCUUUCUUGGUAGAUUGUGUGUGUCUACUUAUAUUAGCUCUGGAAUUUAUUAUAUUCGGAACGUUUAUGGUUACCGCGUUAAAGAAAGCAGUCAUUAGCUCUGCGAAACAAAGGUUGAGAUCGAAGGCGGCUAAAAAGGUCAGUUAA